AUGCGCCACGACGCAUGCGGAAAAGGAGGCAAACUUCAUGGAGCUAAUAAUACCAACAGUAGACGCGGAUCCUUGCGUGAUGUUGGAGCAUAUACUAUAUACAAAGGGAGGCGCCGAAUUAGAGAACGAAAAGACACAAAAAAGCGAUUUGGGAUGGAUCCUGAUCGUCCCUCUCUUGUCAUCCAAAUGAUAAAGCACAUUUGUGUCAGAGCAUCUCCAGAAAACACUUCUCCUUCACAACUUGGGCAAUUUUCUCCUGUUUUUCUCUUCCUUCUCAAGGAAUUUUUUCUGGACGUAACAGAAGAUAACAAAAAAAUAACUCCUCGCUGCAACUUGGAAGUUGGUGACAAUCAGUUGGACAAAUUAAGACUUGAAUUUCGAUUUUGUCUUGAAGCAUUGAUGGAAUUUGUUGUUGAGAGAGUAAAGCCAAAGCAAGUUGGAGCAACCAUGACGACAGAUCCUAUGCUGGCAGUUGAGUCAGAUAAAAGAAGUGAUGAGUCAGAAAUAUGGGCGUUGAGGUUGAGGUUACAAGAUGUUAAUAGGAAACUUGAGGAAAGAUGUAAAAAUGGUGAAAAAGACAAGGAUGAAAUGCAGAAUCUGGCGAUGAAAUUACUUUCUUCACAAAUGGAGAAGGCUGAGAGGAAAAUUGAGGAUCUAGAGAGAAAGAACCAAGAAUUGGAAGCUGAAUUGAUAACAGCUAAGGAAUCAAAGAAGAAACUCCUUUCCAAGCUAGAGGAAUGCACCACGAGAGUGAGAGCUUCCUUCCAGGAGGCCAGUGAUUUCUUAUUGGAAAUAAGACGGGACAGAGAACGAGCAAGGGAACAAGAAAUCUUGGCAGAACGGUUUUUCCCGAUUCCGAUUUUGAAAUUUCUCACUUGUAUGCUGCCUCGUCGGUUCUUUUUCUUGUUACUUAAGCUGGAUUUGGUCUGUUUCUUUGAUAGUAGCAUGCUUGCUUGGAUUGGAUUCACUCUUAUGCAUUGGGGCGGGUGGGGAGAUCCGGUUAUCUUCUGGGUUUAUGAUGAAACCGUUUAG